AUGGAUUCCUCUGUUUUGAUUAAACCCGAUCCACACUCAACCCAAUCACACCCACCCAAGAUAACCACGAAUCAGCUAGAAUAUAUCAAGAAAGAAGUUGUUGGUCGGUUACUAAAGGAGAAAAGUGUAAGGCCCUUUACUCAACCGGUGGAUUAUGAACGACCUAAUUUGCCCGAUUAUCCGAGAAUAGUGAAGCACCCAAUGGACCUAAGCACUAUGAAACAGCGGUUGAACCUCAAGUUUUAUCAUUCCUCUUCGAAGUGCCUGGAUGCUAUUUUCACUAUGUUCCGUAACUGCUAUAUUUUCAACAAACCUGGUGAUGACGUAGUUGCCAUGGCAAUGAAGCUUGAACAGUUGGCCAGAGAACGCUUGAAAUCUGUACCUUCACCCGAAACCGAAAUCUGUCCCCAGAAGAACUCCAAGUCUACGAAGCCAGUUCCAUCCUUGCGUUCUACUGAUGACCCCCUGCACAAUCGCCAGAUCUGA